AUGAGGAGAAGCAUCGAAAUCAAGUUGAUCGACGACGAUGCAAAACGACACACGACCUUCACGAAACGGCGGCAUGGCCUGAUAAAGAAAGCCGAUGAAUUCUGCCGGCUGUCCGACUCCACGGCGGCGCUCCUCAUCUUCUCCUCCUCCAAAAACUGCUACGCCUUCGGUCAUCCCGAAGUCGACUCCGUCUUGGACCGCUACGACGACGCCGAUUCCUCUUCGGCCACCGGCGCCGGUGGGGAGGAGGCGGAGGCGGUGACGGAGAUGGAGAGUAGGAUCGGCAAUGCGGUGGAGACCGGGCGGUGGGAGGAGGCGGUGCGGGGCUUGGGAUUGGAUGCCUUCGACCAACUCACGGCGGAAUUGGAGAAGAUUAGGCGUCAAGUGGCGGCGCUUCAGACCAAAUUUGCGGCGGCGCCGGCGGAGGAGACUGGCGGUAGUUGA